AUGCCCCGAGCAGUGCCUGCCCCGGCCACACCAACCCCGGCCCGGCCCGGCCAGGCUUUCACCAUCGCGGCUUUGCUGGGACGCUCCUCCCCGCCGCCCCCGGCCCCGCCGCCAUCGCCGUCUCUGUCGCCGUCGCUGUCGCCGUCGCCGUUCUGGGGUCCCUGGGGGUCCCUCCCGGAGCCCGGCCCCGCCGCCCGGCCCCUGCCGCCGCCGCCGCUCUGCAUCGCCUGCCGCGGGGUCCCGCCCGCCUGGGCCACCCGGCUCGGGGACACAGACUUCCUGAUCUCCAAGUGCUGCCUCCCCAUCUUCAAAGCCAAGACUGGCAAAGCCAAGCGCGUCCGGACCAUCUUCACCAGCGACCAGCUGGCCCGCCUGGAGAAGGAGUUUGCAAGGCAGCAGUACAUGGUGGGCACAGAGAGGUGCUUGCUGGCCUCCUCCCUGCGCCUCACUGAAGAGCAGGUGAAAGUCUGGUUCCAAAACCGGAGGAUCAAGUGGAGGAAACAGAGCCUGGAACAGCAACAAGCCAAACUGGCCAGAAUGGGUUUGUCCACCCCACAGAGCAGCCCCGACUCGCAGAGCCACCACGGCGAGGAGGGCAAGGACUUCCCAGCAGAGUCAGAAGACAGCCAGGAGGAUGUUGCCUCCUCCCCUGGCUCAGGAGCAGCACCUGCACAGACUGUGGCACAGAGCUGCUGA